AUGUCUUGGCAACAAACCCGGAGCGCCGGACAUCCGGUCGGUGGGUCGCUUCUCCCUCCAACUCCACCGUUUCCACGGCGGCUCACUCACGGCACGUUCAUGCUCUCCAAUUACGACUCACGCAAAUUGGAUCACAUUUGUCAGCGGCUGUGGUCCAGCAAGAAGCAGCACCACGACGGCAACAAGAACAACUUCACCGUCGAGUUCCUGUUGGGAGCGCAGAAUGCGUUGUUGGAGAGCGACAAACUGUAAGUUUGAAUUAGAAAAAGAAGCUGUUCAAGCCAUAUUUUUAAAUUAUUUAGCAAAAUUUUUUAAUUUUUUAAACCAUCAAAAUUUAAAAAAUUUUAAUUUCGAGCCAAAACUCGUUUUAAAAACGGCAAAAAUGGUUCUACAACAAUAUCAUAACUCAUCACUAGAUCCUCUUAAACUUGCACAGCCUACAACAAACCUCAAUAGUAGAAUAAUAAAUUUUUGUGAACGAGUACAGUAUAAUAAAAUAAUAAAAAUUACUGUAAAAACGGUCUUUUGAUCUUUGGCACGGGCCGUAUCUCGUUAGGACCGCUUAAAGAGUAUCCGGUUACUAGGCCAACAGUCAUCCACGUCAAGUUUUUUGUUUUCAAACCGAAUUCGGGAUUCCGAAAAAACAAAAGAUCCCCACUGAAAGGGUAAUAUCCGAUUAGUCAAUGUGCCCAUAAACAGUAUCCUUUUCAGUAACGUGUUUUGAAUACAGUACUUAGUAGUAAACUAGCCUCAAAAGUACAGUACCUUUAUUUAAAAUAGUGAAAACUCCUAAAAUACCGUAGGAUUUUGAGAUACUCGUCCUUAAAAUCACGGCAUUUUUACAGCAUGCCCAUAAAAUACAGUAAUCAUACAGUACUCUUUAUAAAAUUGUCUUUUACAGUAAUCCAUCUCGAACAUCCGAGAACCUUCGAGAGCUACAAAAAACCGAAAAAACGACCGAGAAACAGCACAAAUCCCAAUCUGCCGAAUGCCUGCGGCCAUUUUGCAAAUUGAAAAAACGCGUUCAUUUCCAUUGCAACUUUUGUGAACAAGGCUUCAGCACCAAACAGCGACUUUUACCCCAUAUCCAAAAACAUCUCACCCGGCGAAACAAGGCCAUAAUGGCCGAAAAACAGAAAUAA